CUCCCCCAGCAUCGCUGGAGCGACUCGGGCUGCCUGCCUGGCUGCCUCGCAAUCCAACAUGGAGUAGCAGCGCGAGAGAUGGGGCUCUGGCGGGGCCACCCCACGCCGACUACAAGGCGCUUUGUAAGAUUAUAAUCGCACUCAGCACCGUCGUGUGGAGGAUAUUUUUUGGGUAGGGAAAGGCGGCAAAAAAAAUAAUAAUAAUAACGACAACCAGCCAGCACCAGAGGGCGAGUCCAUAUUGUCCGGCAAGGCGGGGGGAGGAAAGGCUUGCGUCGGACUAACACUACCUGCUGGCCCGCUGAAAAGUUGGAGGAUAUCUGGAGGAGGUGGGGGUCGACAUUUGCAAUCGAAAAGCAGCUGGCGGGGGAGGGAGGUGACGAGGGAGAAGCGGGGGGCCUCGCACUGUACACACAAAAGACUUCCAGGGGGAUAUUUUGGUGAUGAAUGUGGAUUUGUAGCGGGGAUCGACGCGAUGACGAGGCCGAAGAAGAACGCAUCCGCCGCGCUACGUGACCUGAGGUGAAGCGAGGAAACAUGAUAGAAGAAGAAACACACCCAAACGAUGACAGCUACAUCGUGCGUGUGAAAGCAGUGGUGAUGACGCGGGACGACUCAAGCGGAGGCUGGCUGGCCCAGGACGGGGGCGCUCUCAGUAGAGUGGGGGUGUGCCGUCUGCGGCCGCCCGAGCUGCCCCAGCUACCGCCCUCCGGCAUCUCCCAGUUCCUCAUCCGGGGCGAGCGGCUACGGGACAAACAGGUGAUCAUGGACUGCCCGCUAAGGAAGGACUUGGUGUACACCAUCGCCACACCCACCUUUCACCACUGGAAGGUGGAGGACCGGAGGUGUGGCCUGUCCUUCCAGAGUCCGGCCGAUGCCAGGGCCUUCGACAGGGGGGUGCGGAAGGCCGUCGAGGACCUGGCGGAAGGUUCCACAACCUCCUCUACAGCACUCCAGAACGAGGGCGAGCUGGGCGAUGACGACGUCUUCACCAAUGCCACAGACAGCUCAUCCAACUCCUCCUCCCAGAAGCUGGAGAGCUGCCUGCCGCCGCUCGAAUCCUCGCCUCUUCCGCAGAGGCACAGGUGCAUGCUGGGAUAUCGCCACAACCUCCACGAAUCGUACCGGCUCUCGGACCACUACCUGCUGGACCAGCCUCUGCCCCGGCUUCCUCAUGUCACCUUUCAGGAGGAUGAGGAAAUUGUGCGCAUCAACCCGCGUGAGCGCAGUUGGGAGCGGACAGGCGACCGCAUCAGCGAGCGCCUCCACGCGCGACCGUCAGAGCGCUCCUGGCUCACGGGGUAUGAGGACUACCGCCACGCCACCAUGCGCGACAAGUUCAUCCAGAUGGACGACACGGAAUCCUAUGUCCACUUCGCCAAGAACGAGGCGCAGAAGCACGACUACACGUACCCGCUGGCACCUGUUCUCUCGCCCUCGGACUCCGACCCGGCUCUCGGACCCUUCGUCGGUAAGGGCCACCACGGCGGGUCCUACCGCCAGGGCUUCUCCGUGGUCUCCGCCCAGCCUCGAUCCUUCCUGCCCAGCUCCUCCCUGUCUACCAACGGGGGCAAGAGCCGCAAGGAGGACGGGCUGGAGCGGGCGCACUGCGAGCACUGCGGCGAGGCCUUCUCGGUGGCGGAGAACAGGCGGGGCUGGUGCCAGGACGCGCCUGACCCUGUGCGGGGCUGCGUCAGGCGGGUCAGCUGCAUGUGGCUCGCAGACACCAUGCUCUACCACUGCAUGUCCGACCCGGAAGGGGACUACUCUGAUCCGUGCUCCUGCGACGGGGGCGAGGGCGGCCGGCUGGGCACACGCUGGCUGGCCCUGCUGGGCUUGUCUCUUGUGGCGCCCUGCCUCUGCCUGUACCCGCCCCUGAACGCGUGUCACCGGGCGGGCCUUGCGUGCGGCUGCUGCGGGGGACGACACAAGGCCCUCAGCUGAGAGGACGUGUGGGGGGGAAAAAAAAAAAAGAACCCAACGCAAGCACAGGGAAAGACAGGAGAACCGCAGAGGUUCUGCUUGAUUGCCUGAAAAUUCCUGGAACUGAAAUAAGCCAAAAAGUCUAGAAAAAACUGGUGCAUUUUCUAAGAGGCCUGGGAAGAUAAGCUCCCCCGAAAGGCAGACACUUGUCUCGUCUCUCCAUGCAGCCAUUUUAGCGCUCCGUUUUUGGGCGAGAGACAGCACUCUUUUCAGGGGGCCUUUUAUUUUCUGUUUUUGUUUUAUAGCUGAACAUAUAUGUAUCACAUAUGCAGGUACUUUAUACUUUGUACACUGACUUUGGCAUAAGAGAACUUGAAUUACAGUGUUCCCCCGCAAAUACAAGGACAAGGCCCUGCUGCAAUAAGCUAAAACGUACCCUUAAAAAGACUUAAAAUUGCCUAUAGAUAGAUACAAGAUGGUGCCAAAGCACUACUUGUCUAUUAGAAUACAUGAAGCUCCUCCCCUCACUGCAACAUAGCUCCUUGGCACCAAAGCAAUAAUUUUGUACAAGACAGGGCUUUGGCCUGAGCACAAAAACAACAAAUAUGAGUUUUUCUGCGAAUUGCAGAGGAUAGGUUACAAAAAAAAAAUUAUUAAAAAUCUGCUAUAUGUGGGGGAACACUGUACUCUUUUCUUGAUUCUAUUCUUUAUGUUCCGGUAUCCCUGUUGCGAUCGAGACACUACACCUCAACGUACAGUAUGAAUCCACAGCCUACCAAUCAAAACAUCCCAAAAGAGUUGUAUUUAUUUUCUCACUGUACUGAUCCACCAGCAGAAAUAAGGACGUUUUGGCCAUGUGGCUCACUCGUGGUGCCUCCAGUCACACUCGCCAAUUAUUGCUAUGAUUAUUAUUCCAAAAGGUGCCUCAAAUAUAAUUACCCAAAUCCGGUCGGAUACAUUUCUGCGUUCUUUUGCUGCCACUUGCCUUAACAAUCCAGAGCGAAGAUUUAGGUCUCAGAGCUCGUAAAAUGCGGUGACAAAGUUGGUUGAAACUAUUUUUUCUUAAUACUUCAAAAUAAGACAUCCGCGACGUACAAUCAGUUAUGGCCACCGGUCACAUUAGUGGAGCAGGUACUCAAACCCACUGAAACAGAAAUCCCUACUGAAUUUAUACAUUUUUGACCAUUUCAUAACCAGACAGCUAACUACAAUGCCACAUUUGUGGUAAAGUGUUAGCAUUGCUUAUUCAGUACUUUAAAAAUUCUGUCAUUUAAUUUUCAUUAACUCUAAACUAUAGUCACUGGUAUGUUAAAUCCAAACAACACAUGAAGCAACACGAUAAAAUAAAUACUAGCGCUGUGGUGGUGUAAGUGGCAUGGAUGAAACCAUUACAACUAUAAAUUUUAGCCCAUCAAGGAUAAUACGCAACGAUUAUGCAACAAUAAAAAUAGACAGAAAAUCAGAUGUGAUAAAUUGCGAUAUCAUGCAUACUCUAUCUAGUUAAAAACUAAAUUUGGUCUAAGAAAAACAUUUCACGUCAUCGAUAACUGAUGUUGGCGUAUCGACACAGUAUUGAUAUCUGCGUAUGGAUACUGUACCAAUAUGCGGCGAUGUCCGUGUGUCAAUGCAGUACUGAUAGCUAAUGUCGGCAUAUCUAUACUGUACCGAUACCUGAUAUUGGCGUAUCAGUAGCACCAAUAGCAGAUGUUUGCAUAUCGAUACAUUACUGAUAGCUGAUUUAGGCGUGUCUAUACUGUACAGAUAUCUGAUAUUUCUACUAUAACUAUGUCUGAUGUUGGCAUAUCAAUCAUGUAUCAAUAUCUGAUAUCUGCCAAUCAAUACCGUACGGAUAUCUGAUGUCAGCGUAGUUCGUGUAUACAGUACUGAUCGCUGAUGUUGACGUAUAGAUACAGUAACGAUAUCUGACGUCUGUGUAUUGAUACAGUACCGAUAGCUGAUGUUGGCGUUUCAACACUGUACCAACAUCUCAUAUUGGCAUACCUACACUCUAUUAAUAUCUGAUGGUGGCAUAUCUAUAUUGUAUCAAUAUCUGAUAUUGGCCAAUCAAUACUGUAUCAAAAUUUGAUGCUGCCGUAUUAAUACAGUACCAAUAUUGGCAUAUUUAUCUUGUAUCGACAGCUGAUGUAGGCAAAUCUAUACUGUACUAAUAUUGGCUUCUCGAUACUGUACUGAUAUAAUAUUGGCGUAUCUAUACUGUUCAAAUAUCGGCAUUAUUAAUCCUGUACUGAUAUGUUGGUGUAGCUAUAAUGUACCGAUAUUGGGAUACUUUCUCUCACCCCUUACUGGAACCAGUUUGAUGUAAAUGGUUCCCAAACUUUUUUUCAAGAAAAUACAUUUUUUUAACAUUUAGAAGGACAAGGGUGCUGUGGUUUUUUUUCCGUCUCAACUAAAAUCCAGGAAGUAAAACUCCCGUCCCGAUUGUGGUGCCAAGGAAAUGUCACUUACUAUAGUUGAAGUCCAGAAUGGCUGAGGAUGUCCUUUUUCCUUGCGGCCGUCUCACACGUCCUGUGUUUUUUACCUCCCGACGCUGCAUCUGCGGGGAUUUAAAAAAAAAAAAAAAAAAAAAAAAAAAGCAUCCCGUUUGUGUUGCCACGCAUCAGGGAGAGACAAUCAGAUUGGAAAGUUUGUCUUUUUUUUUCUUCUCUCCAUCCACUCUUUUAUGUCCUUUCAGAGCCAACUUACAAGUGCCUGAACGCAUAGGUCUCUUCUGUCUCAUAUUUAAGUUGAGAAAUUAUUAAAAAAAUAAUAAUAUGACUCCCUGUAUUUGAAUUAGACCCAUUUUUUUACGCUUUGCAUUUUUACCUCUGUAAAAAAAACAAAAAACACACAAGAGCAAAAGUUAUAUAUCUCGUGUAUGUUGUACAUUUAUUUCUAUUUUUUUUAAUAACUGUUUCUAACUAACGUACGAUGGAUGUAGCUUUUUGAGAAGGAACAGGAAGUACUUUGUAGAUAACGAGUGUGUGUGCGUGUGGGUGUGUGUCGGGUGGGGGGCUUUGUGACGGUGGUCGGUUCUGUGAGAAAAAAAGUCAAAUGUGUGUCUUACUCUUUGCCUUCCGCCGCCAAUAAAAGGAAAGAAAAUGUUGAAAGCA